UACAGUAACUUUUCACAGCUAUGCAUAAAAUAAAUGCCUCUUGUCUGUAACUUUAGCAUUUGCGGCUUGUCUUCUGUUCCGUCUACCGAUGUUAACCAAAGGAAGUGCUUACUCGGAACUGGAACAGCAAGUCGUUCUUUAAACCUUUUAACUCUAUUACCUACUCGCUGCGCAUGCACCUUUUCUCGUACCGGGAAAUGUACCUCUUGCUCAACAUCGACGAGAAGACUAAAGCAGUCAAAUUAGCUUGACAAGGGACACUGGUGUGCUGCGAACAACGUCUUGCAUGCGUUCACAAUGAAGUCCUCGGUGUUCUCCCUGUGGAGACCCUUUUUAUUGAUUUUACUGGGUUUAUUUCUACUUUCCGAGGCCAGAGUGAACACUGAGAUACAAGCUGGGCCCCUGUAUCGUGUGGUUGGCUCUCUGCUCUCCAUCUCCUGCAACACAAGUGGAUUUUCCAACGUCAAUUCUAAAAAACAUUUUCAGAUCCGCAUGAAAGAUCCUUCAAAGCCCUUUCACGAAAUUAAUAUCAUGAGCUCCGAAGACAAAGGCUUUAGCUAUGCUCGUUUUAUUCCUCGUAUACAAAACAGUGAGAUGUCUAUCAAACAUGUUGAUUCAAACUCAAUCAUAUUUGAAAUAAAAUACCUAAAGAAGGAGGAUGAAGGGGUAUACGAAUGCUCCGUAGUCAAUCCAGAAUAUAAUUACAAUGGAGUCUACUCUGCAACGACAGUUGUUAAAGUGAUUGACAAUUCCCUAAGUGUUACAUCCAGUGACGCCCCCACCUCACCCAGCUAUAAUGAAGGGGAAGCUCUCUCUUUGACAUGCCAAGCCUCCACCAACACCAUCCAGCACGUCCAUCUGGCUUUCUCUUGGUACAUCCGUAAAGAAGGGGAACAAGACGCUAAACCGAUAAUUUCUUUGGACAAAGAUUUCACACUGGUUCCAGGUGAGGGUUUUGAGCAGCGCUAUAGAGAUAAAGCCAUUAGAUUAGACAAAUUAGAUGAGGCCACGUACAGGCUUAAUAUUGCUGAGCUUGAGCCGUUAGACCAGGGUCAGAUCUACUGCCAAGCUCAGGAGUGGAUCCAAGAUCCUGAUCGUUCCUGGUACAAGAUUUCUCAGAAGGAUGCAGAGGAAAUUCCCCUCACAGUCAAAGCUAAAGUGGUGACAAGCAUGUCGGUUGUGGAAGUGAGUCUUUCGCCACAGAAUGAACUCCAUGAGGGGCAGGAGCUGUUGCUGUCUUGUGGCAUAAAGGCACAGAACCUCGCAAAACGGUUCUUCUCCGUAGCAUGGCUCUGGGAAGGAAUUGAGUUGGCCAAAAUUGGCCCUACAGGCAUUCUAACUGUGAGGCAAGAGUAUAUCGACAGAGAGAGAAAUGGGGAGCUAAAAGCCACGCGGACUGGGAAUAAUAACUAUCAACUCAGGGUAAAGCCAGUGAAAACUACAGAUAAAGGGAGUUACAGCUGCAGGGCAUGGCCAGAAGAGAGAGGAGAAGAUGGAAACUUUAAUCAAGGAGCAGCUCAAGACUCCCAACCAGUGGACAUCACCAUCUUUACUCCAGAAAGUGGACUCUCAGUCAAAAUGGAAAACAUGAAGCAACCUGUUUCCCCAGGAGAGAAAUUAAAGCUCAUCUGUGAAGCUGAUGGGGUCAAAGGUCAGCUCUCUGUCAGCUGGAAACGCAAGGCCACACCUCCCACGUCAUCUUUGUUUGCCACCAUCAUCAGUCUAAAUGAGAACGGUGUCACAGAGAAAGCUGAGGCUUUUACAAGUCGGGAGGUGACAGUGACGCGUCCGACGACAAACAGAUUUGUCUUCGAGCUGGCUGACGUUGCAGACUCUGAUUCGGGAAUAUAUGAGUGCAUUGUCUCUGAAACGCAGCCCAGCGGCAGAACUCAAAGCCAGAUGCAAAAUGUCAACGUCACUGUGAAGUCUAUUGAUUCAGUGGUAAAGGUGGUACUGAGAAAUCGAGACCCUUUGGUGACUAUGGGAAAUGACGUACAAUUAAUGUGCAAAGUAUCAAGUCCACGUGUGCCGAUGACACUUACUUGGAGCCAGGAGACAGAAGACACCAACCUUAAUACCAUAGUGGUACUAUACUCAAAUGGUUCCAUCAGCUGGUCUGGAGACCAGUACCGUUACCAAGUACAGGUGGACAACCAGGGUAACAGUGUCAUGCACUAUCUGAAAGUCCUUCGUGCCAGCCACAGGGAAGAAGGAAAAUACCAAUGUAUGGUGUCAAUUUUCCUGCAUAACGUUUACAAAAAGCUUCCUGCAUCCAAUCUGGUGAAUGUGAAGGUACAAAAUCCAGAAAACAAACUUGCCCUAUCUCCCAGUCACACCAUUGCCCAAAGAAUAAAUACUGACAUACAAAUUGAUUGCAAAGUUACCUCAAGAACAUCAGAGUUUUCUCUAUAUGCCGUCACCUGGGAACUUCAACAAGAUGCUGGAAAUAAGACCAUUCUGACCUCAGACCGUAAUGGCAUCACUACAUUUGGGCAACAGAUUGAAGAGAGUCAUAGGAAACGGAUCAGCAUGAGGCACACUGACGGACCUACUUUUGAACUAACUAUUCAGCAAGCCAGAAUUUCAGACAAAGGCAUUUAUAUGUGCAAGGUGGUGGAGUACCUACAAGAUCCCUGGGGAGAAUGGUAUUCACUCUCAGAUAAACAUUUAACCACAGUUGUUGAUGUCACUGAACUAGAAAAAAAAUUGUCCAUUGAAAAGAAAGAGGUAGAGAUGAACAUAAGCAUUGCAGAGGAUUUCUCCAUUCCCUGUCACAUCACCCAACAAUCCAGCAAGGAAUCCCAGUUCCAGGUCACAUGGUUUUGGCAGCAAGGCACCAAAGUUAAAACCAUAUUUACAGCUUACAGAAAUUCUACCUUACAAGCCAGAAAUAAGAAUGUCGUCGUAAGAUAUGAUCACUCCUCCCCUCACCAAUUUGACCUUACAGUUUUAAAGUCUAAUUUGGAAAACAGCGGCAUAUAUUUCUGUGAGGUAGAGGAGUGGAUUCACGCUCCUGCUGAUGGGUGGAGGAAACAUGCAGUGGAAAAGUCUGGAAAUUUGAACGUGACUGUUGAUGCAGAGGGGCAAGUCGGAGCUGUGACUGAUCUGACAUGGCGAGCCAGUACUUGGAUAACAAUAUAUGUAAUAACUGUCUCAAUCUGUUUAUGCAUCAUAACAAUUCUGACGUGCAAGCUGUGCAGGAGAAAGACUUCAGGAGGAAAGAACGCAGGUCAUUCUCUCUGGACAGAACAGGUCCCCCUGGACACUUAGCUCUGAAUCAGUGAAACUAGAGCAAUGUACAGAAAAAUAAAUCUCUUAUUAAGUCUAAGAAGUAUAUGAAAAAGGUUUAAAAAUGUACAUUUUAUUUUAUUUUAAACAUAUUUUUUAUUUUUUUAUUGAAUCUUAUUGUUAAAAAAAGUUGUACUUUCUAUGAUGGUGGGAAUAUCUUAGCUUUUAUGAAUAAUUAAAAUUUGUUACUAAUUUUGAAAUGAAACAAGCAUCUGUCAGAUUGGAGCUAAAGUCUCUCUACACACUCAUUUUUUCAGUUUGAAGCUGGAAGUUGAGGUAGGCAGCAGAUUUUGUUUGUGGUUUGUGCAGCUUUAAAAACAUUCUUAUUUUAUGUUACAAAGUGUAAAAACUAUGGAUUUUUUUGUUAUUUUUUCAUUGGAAAUUAUCUGAAGCUUUGUGUGUCCAGAACAGCAGCAUGUCAUAAAAUGUGGCAAGAUUUGAAACCUUUGCAAAGAAAAGGAAGAAGCGGAAGUUUUCUGCGGUUGUGCACAUGAUGACGGUAGACAGUCUGCAAGCGGUGCUUGUGACAGACAGUCUCACAAUCAGGACAUUUUUUUCUUUUUUUUUUUUGAGAAAGACGCAGGCUUUCAGGGCAGUGUUGGUUAAAACCUGCAUGUGUGCAUGUUAUGCUUCUCUUAUUUUGCAACUCUGAUGGGGAAAUCUGAUGAUGUUAACAUUUCUUAUGCAAGUUAUUCAGCUGGCUGUGUUGCUGAGAAACAGAGUGGGUGUUUGUGUAACCUGUUUCUUGUGGCAAAAACUUAAUUUAAUAUUUAAUUUUUUUUUCAAAUAAGAUAUAUGAAAUAAUAAUAUGAUAUAAUAAGCAUUUCUGAAAUUGACACAGCAUGGUUUUCACAUCCUUGUUGGUUUAACACAACCCCUCCCCCCCCACACACACAAACAGCAGCUUCUGUCAAAAUAGUCAACAUUUGCAGGUGCUUCUAAGCUCCUACAUGCAUGUUAAAUAAGCAUGCUUACGUUACAGUACUAUUUUUAAAAAAAUAAAAAAAUCCAAACAAAUGAUAUCCUAAUAUCUGAUUUUUUAUUUUUAAAAGGACUAAUGUCACAUUGUUGCAUUGAAUAUUGCUACAGUGUUAUUACAAGUCUGCCUAAAAUGUCACUCGGGCAGCUUCAGUUGAUCAAGAAUGUUUCUGUUCAUAUUCUCACUAAAACCAGGAAGACAGAGCAGAUCACCCCAGUUUUAAAGUUCUUCCAGUGGCUCCUUGUAGCUCCAAGAAUAGACUUUAGAAUACUUUUACUAGAUUAUAAAUCACUGAAUAAAUAUCACCAAAAUACAUUAAAGAUCUGUAGUUGUUGUUGAAUCUGAAGAGGAAUAAAAUUAUGUUAAUAGUUGCUAAUUAUGUUGUCUGGCUGUUUUGCACCACAGCAUGUUUUUAUCAAAAUCAAAUGUACUGGGCCACUCUGAUCUAGAAAGCCAGGAAGGAAUUCAGAUUUUUAGAGAUGUGUAAAUAACAAAUUGCUAAAUUGCUGUAAACAGCCAAAUCGUGAGCGGUUCCAGCUGGACAGUUCUGAAAAACUCAUAAGGUUACAGCAAAACACAAGCCAAGAGAUCUGUGUCAACCAAAGGGCAAACUGGACUGGUUGAGAACUGUACAUACACAUAAAAGAACAGAUUUGAGUGUAAAUGCACCCUGCUCUCAGCGAGAGUUGAAGGUUGCUGUGUUGUUUGUUAUUAGGCACUUUUUCAAUCCCCAACAAAUCAUCCUUUAAGAUCACUAAGGUCUUCUGGUUGAAGUCUACUCUCCAUCAUAAUAACCAGAACAAAACAUGGAGAAGUAACAUUUAAUUUUUAUGCUCCGUAAAACUGGAGCAAACUUCCAGAAAACUGCAAAUCAUACAAAACACUGAUUUUCUUUAAAUCAAGGCUAAAACCUUACUGGUUCAGGGCUGUUUUGAAGUAAGUGGAACAUUGAUCAACAAAUUUGAUUCAUAUUUCCUUGAUCAUUUUGAUGAUGGCAUUUCACAAAAUGUAGCAUUUAUUGCUUGUUUCAUAAUUAGUCAACGUAUAAUUUUAUGAUGUAAUGGACUUUGAACUGCCUUGUUGCUGAAAUCUGCUAUACAAAUAAACUUGAUUUGAAAAAGAGA